AUGACGCUAACGCUGUACCAAGGACGGCACAUGGUGCGUCGCCUAGCAGGGCCGCUGCUUGGCGUGCGCAUGAACUCAAGUGCAGCAGGUGGUGAUAAGCGUCGGCCGCGUGAGUCGCUGUUGCGCCGCAACUUGGCACCGCUUUCGCCGCCGACGCCGCCGCCACGCAAAGUGGAAUACAACCCGCUUACGGUGGCCCUGGUCAAGGGAGCAGGGCGAUUGCUGGGCUACAACUUUGUGCGCAGCAAAGCCAUCAAAGUCACAGGUGAUCUGUACGAUCGCGCGGCGAUGCGGGCGCAGGCGGAGGCGCAUUUCUGGUACAAAGAAUGUGCACUUCCAGCCUCGUUUCAGACGUGGUUCCAGUUGACGAACUUGCAUGUGUUUCUCCUUUUAAGUCGGUUCCGUGCGCUCCCGUCAAAGGAAGCACAGACGUAUGCGCAAGAGCUGAUCAACCACUUUUUCAUCGAUACCGAGUCGCGUAUGCGCGAGCGUUUUGGCGUGCAGACGUCGCGCCUGGUCAAGGGGUAUAUGAAGGAUCUGCAUCAGCAGCACCGAGGCUCUGUCGUAGCAUACGAAGAGGGCCUCGCCACUGACGACGUACGUCUCUCGGCGGCGGUCUGGCGCAAUGUGUGGGGCGGCGGCUGGGGCGUGAUUGGCGGCGUGAAACGUAAGCUGCCCAAGAUUGACCGCACGUCCAAGGGGGAGGAUCCCAACCUGGAGGGCACACCGGAUCUGGCUCUGGACAAGGAGGUACCUAUGUUGAGCGCGUCGCAGGAGACGGAGGAAGAUCGUGCUGCCCGUGCAGAGCUACUUUUCCCGCAGCACUUGGAGCGCGUCACACGGUGGCUGCGGCGUGAAGUGUACCGCCUAGGCCACUUGCCUGACGAGGUCGUCAUGGAUGGCGAUGUGUACGCGCCCCGUGCCGUCGCAGGCGACGUGGUCGGCCCUCCGACCGCGUCCACCGCGACAGCGCCAGAGCCUUCGCCAGCGACAUCCAAGGCGGUGGUCGUAUCAGCGUAUACACGUAUUUAG